UUUCUUAAUUCUAUUCACUAACCAGGUAUAAAACUUCAAGCUCAAAUAAUAUUUUCAUUCAUCUGGUUGUAGGCAGUUUAUAUCUAAUUUACUAAGAUUUCGUUUUUUCCACUGUGUCAUAUACACAUAAUAAUACUUGUGUAAAUAUGGCUGUAGAUUCAUUAGCAACUUCAGCUGCCAAAGUUUUGGAAAGAACUAAGGUGUACGAAGUCUACAACAGCAAAAUUUCCACGAUCCCAACAGCCUCUGGCAAGCACAGCACCAAGAAUCAGAUGAAAGAAACAACCACAAGCACAAACGAUGCUUUAAAAAAAGCAAAGUUGAGACGAGAACGAAAUGAGGUUGUAAAACAUUUAUACAAUGUCAUGGACACAGUUCGACAAACAAACUACUCAGAUUCCGCAAUGCCAAGCGACAGCGAAUCUCUCGGUGAAAUUGAUUCUGAAUUUCUAGAUCGCUAUGAUCACGAUUUAAAAUAUCAUCGACGUAAGUUAACGAAUUCCCGUCUGACGAAACGCGAGCGGCUGCCUUCGUCGAAGGAAAAGAGGUUCGUAGACUUCUGCCGAGAAUGUGAAACCACAAAGAAUAUAAAACUAGAACGAGGAACGAGGAAAGCAAUCAAAGUUAAAUGUGAUAAAUGCACUAAACAAAUCUCGCGCAAUAACAACUGUCGAGAGCAGAAUUUAGAGCGUAAGGCGAACAUCGAGAAAAAGCUACGUAAGCUUGGCUUGAAACGACUCGAAGAAAUUAAAGGAAAAAAUACACGAACCACGAGCGAGAAUCGCGAUCAUCCUGCUACGGAAAAGUUUGCACUUCGUGAUGAAAAUGCCCCUAGAGAAAUGCAAGAUAUGGUCAGUUUUUUACUCAGCUUACAGUUCAGAGACGUUACUCCAGAAGAUUACGAGUUUCUUUUACGUCUGGACGAAUCAAUUCCAACUAAAACAGUGCCAGAGAAACGACUGGCCAGUUUAACAGAAGAUGAAACUAGCGAAGAGCAUGCAAACGAACUUUGUAGUGUUUGUAUAGAAAGUUAUGAACUGGGACAAACGCGAAAGACUUUACCAUGCGGACACGUGUUUCAUUCGAACUGUAUUGAAACCUGGCUACGUAAAUCCUCAACAAAAUGUCCUUUGGACGGUUGGGAGAUAUGAUCAACUAUGUAUCCAGGGCUUUCCUUGAGAUAUUAUAUACCGAUUGGCAUGAUUGAAGUGUUUAGAUUACAUGUUAUUUGAUAUUUGUAUUUUUAUGAAACGAUAAAGCUAUUUUUAAUAAACUAGCAAUAUUUAAUGCUCUGUGUAACGGUCUCAUCACCACACC